UUGCUUUGGCGUACAACUUAUGGCGCUUAACUUCGAUGGUACUUAUGUGAAUGCCGUUCUGCAGUAGCAGUCAUAUUUGCGCAAACCUCGUAGACUGCCUACAUUUGCUACAAGUUACAAUCGCCACAAGCAAUAAAGGCUAUUUGCGUACGUACCUAAAUUUUUCCUGGGACACACCGCAAACUGGGUUCCUAGCAUCUUAAAUAAUAUUGGGAACCGAAAACGUUCCAGUCCGGAGCACCAAUUGCGUUUCUGAAUAUCUACAAUCCACUGGAAAUGGACGUGCAAGCUAUGCUGGAUGCAGUAGCCCGCGGUGCUGCCACUGCUCGCUCCGAGAUGCGACCGGAAUUCAUGGGCAAAGUUUUCAAGGGCAAAGUCACUUCUUUCGACACCGCGAAAGGCUAUGGAUUCAUUGAAAUCGAGCCUGGCAGUCCUCAUGAGAUGAUAUUUGUGCUGCAAGGACUGCAGCGGGUUUUCUUCCAUAUUACAUCGUUGGUUCCGCGACCACGCACUAACGCGGACGCCCAUUCAAACUUCCAUGGAAAGACAGUCUAUUUCGCCUUGGGCCCAAAUCCACGUAAAAGGGGACGAAUUUGUGCACAAAACGUUAGCCUCCACUCGUCAACAUCCGGAAGUGAUGAUUCUAGUGCUUCGAAUUCUGUGGAAUUACGGCAUGCGCAAGACGAGCACGACGACACAAGCGAUUCGGAUAUCUCGGAUUUUAAUCCAAAUGAAAUAAUGUUGCCUCUUGAUCCAUAUGAACGGCGAUGGAAAGAACGAUUCGGACAAAAUAAUAACACUAGUGCGCACAAGGAAGCUGCGACGCCAGGAAGACGCAAUCUCACGCGGAUGGAGCAGGAUUUGAAGGAUGAAGCCAUUAAAAUGGGAUUCGUUCUGCCAUUGAUCGAGCGUGCUCUCUUCGCAGUGGACGGUGUGGGUCAGCCAAAGACGUACCACACAUUUUCCGAUUUGCUGGAAGAGCUACUUAUUUUGCAGGACUCCGAUAACGCAGAUAUUAUAGGAUCUUUUGAUAAUUCUGAGGAUUUUCGCCUCAAUUCUUGGAUUCAACAAGCUGAAGAGAUGGGAUUUUCUUCCGGAACGGUUUUAGAUGCCUUGAACUCGAACACUGUUCCCUACGAACACUUCGAGGAUUUAAUUGAAAAACUGAUGGAGAUGCAGGUGAUCAAAGAACAGCAGCGCGUGGCCGCUACUAACAACCAACCCGUGACUGAAGAGUCAAAAUUGACCCUUUUGCGCAAGGAAAAUCAAGAUUUACGGGAUUAUUUCACAUGCAAGAUCUGUAUGGAAGAAGAUUCGGCAGUCGUUUUCAUACCGUGUGGACAUCUCUGUUGUUGCCAAGGUUGUGCCAAUAAUCAAGAAUCAUGUCCUGUAUGCCGUCGCAAGCGAUCGCAGAUAUACUUCAAAAAGGCGGCAAAAAUGGACGAGCGAAUUGGAACUAGAGCGAAUAAUGCAACAUUGUCUUCUCGCACAGUGGAAAUUGGCUUAUUGGAAUCGGAAAACCAGUAUUUGCGCGGGAAUCGUGCAUGCCACACCUGCAAAAAAAGGGACCGUACUCAGCUGUAUUUGCCCUGUCUUCACGUGGUGUCCUGUGGAGACUGUUCUAAGAGUUCUCACUUUUGUCCGGACUGCAAAGCGUCCGUACUCGGCCGAGUCCAGAUUUAUAUGGCCUGAACUGAGGCUCAACUGGAAAAGAUUCCUUAUUGAUGUACAUAGUUUGUUGUUCGCUUUCUUGCCUUUCUCUGUGUUUUAAUUUUGUAUGUCGGUGACUUUGAUUCGUUCCUGCUCAAGUGGAAGGGCUAAUCCUGCGAUCUUAUUCUGCUUGAAAAAUGUGCACAAAAAGGUGCAAAGCAACAAUAGUGGUGACGUUUGUGAUUUUUGUACGUAUAAUUAUACUUGAAUAGGUACGUCAUGUUUAUUUGGUGAUACUGUGUUUUGCUAACUGCAUGUUUGAUUUUUUGACCAGUGUAACGUUAAUAAAAAUACUUUGUGGGUA